UCGGACUAAGGCCACGCCCCCUUCCCCUGCCAGUUGACAGCGCUGUGAAGUGAACGAGCUUCCAGCAGCCGCUCGAUUCAGCGCAGCUCUUGUCAAAGUGGCGUUAGUAUGUAAGAACCAGUCCAUUCCAACCGACGCUGGAGUUCAGAAAGCAACUUCAUCUUCCUCGGGAUCCGACUCGAAGAGGACUUAAAUACAGGAAUAGAGCUGUCAUGGCAUUUCCGUGCGUUUGGAAGUACUGCGGUGUUUCCUUCACACUACUCCUGCUGUCGUUUCUGUACACAGCACGGGGCCAGGCGGUGCAGGCUGAGAAUGUGACAGUCCUCGAGGGCGGCACAGCACACAUCUCCUGCCGCCUACAGAACUAUGACGGCUCCAUAGUGGUCAUCCAGAACCCACGCAGGCAAACGUUGUUCUUUAACGGCACGCGAGCUCUAAAGGACGAGCGCUUUCAGAUGGUGCUGUUCACGCCACGCCUGGUGCGCAUAACAUUGACUAACGUGAGCGUGUCUGACGAAGGUGGCUACUUCUGUCAGCUCUACACGGACUCUACGCACCACCAGGUGGCCACGCUGUCGGUGGUGGUGCCCCCGGAGGUGCCCAAUGUGGAGGUGAAGAGUGAGGCGGUGGAAGGUGGAGAGGUGGAGCUCACCUGUGUGUCAGAGAGGAGCAAACCUCCCGCUACGCUGCGCUGGGUCCGAGACCGCAGAGAAAUUCCCGGUGUGGUGUCCCAGCAGGAGAACGGAAAGACGGUGAGCGUGUCCAACACCAUAAGGCUUCCUGUGGAGAGGAAGGACAACGGUGCUGCUCUCCGCUGCGAGGCUUCCCACCCAGCACUCGUGGGACAGAAAAGAGUCCGUCAUUACCGCCUGGAUGUCCACUUUGCCCCAACAGUGAGGAUCAGCCCCCCACAGGGCAUUCUGCGAGAGGGGGACUCGCUCAGCCUUACCUGCUCCGUCACUGGAAAUCCACUGCCACGGGACAUUCUCUGGUCGCGAGUGAACGACACACUGCCUGAGAGGGCGGAAAUUUCCGGCACCACCUUGGUCAUGUCUCGCCUUAGCCAAACACACAACGGCACUUACCUGUGUCAGGCACAUAAUAAUUACGGCCGUGCAGCCGACCAGUACACGCUGCUGGUGUACGAGAAUGUGUCUGUGUUUGUCAGUACCACCUCCCAUCCCAUCACCUCCUCAUCCUCCCUCCCAUGGACAGCAGCAGACCCUGGAGCAGUGGUGGAGACACACAGUGCUGUACCAUAUCCAGUCAUAGGAGGUGUUCUGGCUCUCCUGGUCUUCACCAUCAUCUGCGUGCUCAUUGUAACCAUUUGGUGCUCAGUUCGACAGAAAGGUUCGUACCUCACACAUGAGGCGAGCGGCCUCGACGAACACGGGGAGGUGCAGGAAGCAUUUCUCAACGGAAACGACACUAGUCAAGGGAAGAAGGAGUAUCUACUGUAACAGCUCCUGGAGGAUGGCCACGGAGCACAUGUCACAAACACACACACACACACACACACACACACACACACACUUACAAACCAAUACAGCAGUGCCAUGUAAAGGGGAGAGAGCCAGGGGUGCCCCCAAAAUAUACAUUGUUAUAAACUCUGGCCCAUGUGGCCACCCCUAGUAUGAAUUUGAAUUUGAAUGCAUAAUGAAAAUUCACAAUAGUUCAUGAAGUGAAAAAUAAAUAAAUAAAUAAAUAAAUAAAUAAAUAAAUAAAUAAAAUGAAGCACACGCUGCAGCCACCAAAAAAGAUUGUAGAAUGAUUGGCGCCACCAGAGAAACAAAACUCAACAAGUAUAACACACAGUACACUGAUUUUUUUUUUUUUUUUUUUUUUUGGUGCAAGCCCAAGAUUUGCUGUGGCCUCCUCUGGUCACCCCUAUUAAAAGUUUCUGGGGGCGCCACUGGAGAGAGCGAGAGAGAGACAGAGAGAGAGAGAGACAGGGAGAGUAAGAGAGAGAGAGUGAGAGAGAGAGAGAGAGAGAGAGAGAGACAGGGAGAGUGAGAGAGAGAGCGAGAGAGAGACAGAGACAGGGAGAGUGAGAGAGAGAGCGAGAGAGAGACAGAGACAGGGAGAGUGAAAGAGAGAGACAGAGAGAGAGAGAGAGAGUGUGAGAGAGAGAGACAGGGAGAGUGAGAGAAGAAUAAGCCUAAUUAAAAUUGAGAGAGACAUCUGAAACAGAAAAAGCACUGGUCCCAGUCACCCACACACACCCACACACACCCACACACACACCCACACACACACACCCACACACACGCACACACACACACACACACAUUCUGUUAAACAGUAAGUAGGCAGCAGAACCAAAUAGCCAUAACUCACAGGCCAGCAGAGCAGCACGGACUUACAACCUAUUGACUUUGCAGACGCAAAUAUAAACAGAGCACAUGAGCUAUAAAAGCUGACAUGGCGUGCCCCGUGCUUCCCUCGUAUAGUAUUUACACUGGAUAUUCACCUGCUACUGGAGCUCCUUCAUUUUCCAUUAUCAGGCGUUUAGUAAGCCACACACACACACACACACACACACACACACACGCACUCUUAUCAAGCCCAUAUCCCUCCUGAGGUUCUCUUUCAUCCUGUAUCACCUUCUCCACAUCUCUUCAGCUUCUGAUUUCUAAUCCUCGACAACCCCCACUACCCACCCCACCCCACCCCACCCCAAUCCCUAUCUCUCCCCAUUUUUUCUUCAGAGUUAAGCGUUUAUUACGCGAGUCCGAAGACCCGAGAGGCCACAGAAUUAAAACGAUGUGCUGUCGGGGAACCUGUAGGUGAAGGCGAGGCUUAAAGGAGUAACGUGUAGUAAAGAUAACAGUGAGAAUAUGUGUAAAUGCUAUAUAGACCUCCGUAUAUGUAUAGACACACACACACAGAGAAUACAAACAGGCACACACUGACAAGGAAACAUAUCUCUUAAGUGAUUAUUUGUAUAAAAAAAAAAAAAAAGUUCAGUAAAUUAAAUUCAUCUUUUAAAAAGUGAACAAGAAGGUUUACUUUUGAGCGCAUUACCAAGCGAUGCUAUUAUACUAACACAAAAAUUUAGCUUAGUGGAAUACCUACAAAAUACAGUUGUGCGAUCUUUAAAAAAAAAUGGAGAAAACGAGAAAAAAAAAGAUCAUUUCAUUCGUCUCUGAAAGAUCCUUUGUUUUAUAUUCGUUAUUAUUUUUGACUAUGAUUGUUGUUAUUGUUAAUAUAAUUGUAAAUGUUUUAAAUUGUACAAACUCCCCAUGUUGUUUUUUGUUGUUUUCCGCUGCUUUUGUUUUUUAUCCCUUUUUAUGUAUUUCUCGCUCUUUCUCUCAUCGUCUGUGUGCCGAAUUGUCUGAGUCCUUCCUUCUUGUCUUUUACUCAUGAUUUUUAAUAGUCUCCACGUCACUGUUGAUAUAGCUAACCGUGUUACUUUAUAGAGGAAAAGUUACAAAGCACGACAAAAUAAAACGUACUCCAAAAA